AUGUCCACUACUUUUCACAAAAUCCUAAUGCUUCAUGGACAUGGACAAUCUGCAGACAUCUUCAAGCCAAAAACUCGCUACGUGCGAGAAGCUUUUUGCGCUCUGUCUAAAGAAAUAGUGUUUGAAUUCCAGUUUCUUUCCGGUGUGCUACCGGCUUACCCCGAUGACAAAUUUAUCAGGGACCAAAAGGUCUGGGGCUAUGGUGAGCCUGAUAGUGAUAAGAUCAACGGGUUGGAGCGGUCAAUUCAGCACAUCCUUGAUACCCUUGAACAAGAUGGUCCUUUUAGCGGCAUAGUUGGGUUUUCCUCGGGUGCCGCUAUGACCGCCAUCGUUACUUCAAUGCUGGAGAAAAAGCAAACUAGACGCCAUUCGCAGUUACAAUUCGCAAUAUGUCUAAGCGGCUUCAAGUUAGAGAACAAGUGCUAUGAAGGUUUCUAUUUUCCUAACAUUGUGACUCCGAUAUUCCACGCCGUCGGCGAAUUGGAUUCAACGGUUUCUCCCGCACAGACACGGAACCUCGCACGACAUUGCUCAUACCCAUGGUUCUAUGAAUUUUUCGGCGGUCACUAUGUACCCCAAAACAAAGAUUUUAUGAGCUUCAGCCAAUCUCUUCAGAGCUUUUUGAGAGAAGUAUUUGGUCUUUAUGAAGAGGUCCAGGAGGGCUGGGAGGAUAUUGAUAUGAUUUACCCAAAACUAAAGCGUGUGGGCCAUUUUCGGCAUGCAUAUGUACCAAAUACUAAUAUUAUUUGA